AUGGCUUACCGUCUUUGCUCCUCUUCUCCUUCCUCUCUCUUCCACGACCCACCCUCCUUCCCUUCCUCUUCCCGCAAAUCCAAACUUCGAAACUUCUCAUCUUCUCUCACUCCUCUGUCCAAAACCAUUCUCCAAUCCAACCAUGUCUCACUACAAGAACCCAUUCCGCAACAACAAUCCGAAGAAGACGCAAAAUUUGAUAACCCAGUUGCUAAGUCUACUUCCUCGAAAAGCACUAACAUAUGGGUCAAUCCCAAAAGCCCCAGAGCCAAACAAUUCGGGAAGAAAUCUUAUGAUGCAAGGUAUAAUUCUCUUCUCAAGCUUUCCAAGUCUUUGGAUUCAUGUAAUCCCACUGAAGAUGAUGUUUCUAGAAUUUUAGAGAGUUUAGGAGAUAAUAUUCUAGAACAAGACGCAGUCAUGAUCAUCAAUAACAUGGAUAAUUCUGUUGUUGUACCUUUUGUUCUUCGGUAUAUUCAGAGCAAGAUUAGAGCUAAUAGAGAGGCAAUUCUUUAUAAUGUUACACUUAAGGUGCUUAGAAAGUGUAAGGAUUUGGAUGGUGCAGAGAAGGUGUUUGAUGAAAUGGUUAAACGAGGGGUGAAGCCUAAUAAUAUUACUUUUUCCACUAUAAUUAGCUGUGCUAGGUCUUGUUAUUUGCCCAAUAAGGCUGUGGAGUGGUUUGAGAAGAUGCCGUCGUUUGGAUGUCAACCUGAUGAUGUUACGUACUCGGUUAUGGUUGAUGCUUAUGGAAAAGCUGGUGAUCUUAAUAUGGCUUUGAGCUUGUAUGAUCGUGCCAGAACGGAGAACUGGCGCCUUGAUAAUGCGACGUUCUCUACGGUGAUUAAGAUGUAUGGUGUGGCGGGAAAUUAUGAUGGAUGUUUGAAUGUCUAUGAAGAAAUGAAGGCUCUUGGGGUUAAGCCUAACUUGGUUGUUUAUAACACUCUUUUGGAUGCCAUGGGAAGAGCUAAGAGGCCAUGGCAGGCCAAGGCUAUAUAUAAAGAGUUGAUAAAUAAUGGACUUUUUCCAAAUCGAGGAACCUAUAGAUCUCUCAUACAUGCCUAUGGUAGAGCGCGCUAUUCUGAAGAUGCUCUCCUUGUGUAUAAGGAAAUGAAGGAAAAGGGAAUGCAUUUGGAUACGCAUCUUUAUAAUACCCUUUUAGCUAUGUGCGCUGAUGUUGGUUACACUGACCAAGCGUUUGAAAUUUUUGAAGACAUGAAAAGUUGUGAUAUCUGCAGUCCGGACAGUUGGACGUUCUCGUCCUUGAUUACCGUCUAUUCCUGCCUUGGGAAAGUUGAAGAGGCUGAAAGAAUGAUGAUUGAAAUGGUUGAAUCUGGGUUUGAGCCUACUAUUUUUGUUCUGACUUCGCUCGUCCAAUGCUACGGAAAAGCCAAGCGUAACGAUGAUGUUGUGAAGACAUUUAAUGAUCUAUUGAAUAUGGGCAUUGAACCGGAUGAUCAAUUCUGCGGUUGUCUUCUGAAUGUUAUAACCCAAACCCCAAAAGAAGAACUUGGCAAGCUAACAGAUUGUGUGGCGAAGGCUAACCCAAAACUUGGGUCUGUGGUGAGAUAUUUGGUGGAAGGGCUGGAGGGUGAUGGAGAGUUCAGAAUAUAUGCGUCAGAACUCUUAGGUUCAAUUACUGAUAAAGUAAGGAGGGCAUUUUGCAAUUCUUUGAUUGAUCUUUGUAUCAACUUGGAUUUGCUUGACAAAGCAUGCGUGCUUCUUGACCUUGGUUUGACACUUGAGAUAUAUCCAGAUAUACAAUCCAAAUCUCAAACUCAGUGGUCUUUGCACUUAAAGGGUCUCUCAGUUGGAGCCGCGCUGACAGCAUUUCAUGUUUGGAUAAAUGACUUGUCUAAGUCUUUUGAAUCAGGAGAGGACCUUCCACCACUGCUCGGGAUCAAUACUGGUCAUGGGAAACACAGGUAUUCCGAGAAAGGUUUGGCAGAUGUUAUUGAGUCGCAUAUAAAGGAACUCAAUGCUCCAUUUUGGGAGUCUCCCGAUAAGGCUGGCUGGUUUUUGACUACACAGGUAGCAGUCAGUUCAUGGAUAAAGUCUAGGGAUUCGUCUAAACUAGUUUCUGCUUAA